AGAAUACGCACACAUGGAUCUAUUAUUGGUCUACUAUAAGUUUUCUCCUUCCCGAUUCUCGGUAGGUUGUCGAAGGUGAUCCGCCCAGACUUUCGCCAUCUUACAACGGUAUGGAAUUUUCGGCAGAUUUCGUCCACUUUGUCAACACUUGCCUGAUCAAGGACGAAAAGGACCGCCCGAAGUACGGCAAGCUGCUGCAGCAUGCCUUCAUCCAGCGCACCGAAAACUGUCUCACCGAUGUGGCCGCCUACGUGGGUGAGAUCCUGGAAUCGAUGGCCAACAAUGGCAUCACCCCGUUCACCACGAACCUGCCGGCGGAAAGUUGGAACGAAAGCUUCAACUAGGGAAGCAGCAGCUACGGCAGCAACAGGAUGCUGCAGGUGGUGUAUUGAAGGGUUCAGAUUUUCGGGGUUGGGGAUACGUUAGGGAACGUUGAGGAUUGUAAAUUUUCGUCAACUGUGGGUUUGUGUUUUCGGUUAAAACAAAACGGGAGGAAGUGUGAUGGUUUAAAGUGAGAUUUCGGGGACUCGGCCUUGUGUGUCCUGAGUAGGGUUAUGUUUUUGGGCUAAGAUAAAACGAAAAUGUACGUUCGAGUGAUUGUAUGCAUGUGUAUGUGUGUGACAAGGACAAUAAAUUGUCUAUAAUGUAUCUUUCGUUCGAUCCUUACCUUGCUGCCUAUAAUUUAUGUUUGUGGAUAGAAGGAUUUAAAAACAUGUUCCGAUGAAUUUUCUAGUAUGUCAGUUGAAAAUCGGUGAUUGAAUAUGUGUGCUUCUUAGGGACGAAUGUGUUUGGUUGUGUUUACUGUACACUUACAGUGGUU